CUCGACGGAGAAUUCCAUCGGAAAUAAUUCAUAAAUUUUUCUUCAUUCUUCUUCUUCUUCAGUCAGUCAGGUAGGCCCUCAAGCAAAGUUUGGAAUAACAAUCCUGGCAUCUAUUGCGUUAUAUGUGUAUAUAUAUAUACGUGCUACUGAUGAUCGAUCGCAAACAUCGAGGCACUUAGCCAGCAAAGCACUAGCCUGCUCCAACCCUUGCUGAUCUUGAGCUACGACCACGUCACUGGCCCGAUCAGAUCCUUCGUUAGCUCACUGCAGCUGAUCGUCGAAUCGAGCUGAAUCCAUGGCGACCGGCAGGCAAGGAACCAAGACACAGCAGCCAGCUGAGCAGGAAUUCGACCCCAAGUACGAGUGGCAGGAGAGCGCCACCAGCUUCAUCCUCCGCCUUCACCUCUCAGGCUUCAGGAAAGAAGAUUUCAGGGUGCAAGUCGACGGCACCGGCCGCCUCACCGUCCGCGGCCAGCGCGCCGUCGGCGGCGGCAAGCAAUCCAGCUUCAAAAAGAUCUUCCAGCUGCCCGAAGCCUCCAACCUCGACGGCAUCACCGGCCGCUUCGACACUGGCGUCCUGACGCUCACCGUGCCCAAGAAGGUCGUCGAGGACGCCAAGCCCAAGGAGGACGCCACCAAGGCGGCGCCGCCGCCGCAGGAGCAAGGCGAGCCCAAGGAACACGAGGCCAAGAAGCCGCAGGCGGCGGAGCACAAGGAAGCGGCGGAGGUGACCGCCGCCAAGAAGCCAAAGGACGAUGCCAAGCCCAAGGAGGACGCCACCAUUACCAAGAAACCUCCUGCUCCUGAGCAGCCGGUGGACGCCAAGAGAGGCAAGCCAGAGCCAGAGCUGCGCAGGCCGCCGGCGCCGGCGCCACCGGCAACCGUGAGCAAGGAGGAAGCCAAGCCCAAGCCCACGGCCGAGGUCGCCGCACCAGCGGCCGACAAGAAGCAGGCCACGGCCGAGGCCGCCGCACCAGCGGCCGACAAGAAGCAGGCCACGGCCGAGGCCGCCGCACCAGCGGCCGACAAGAAGCAGGCCACGCCUACGCCACCGCAGGCUGACGCCGAGAGGAAGAAGGCGGUUGAUCCGGAGAGCCUGGCGGCGGUGACGGCGAAGCGGCGCGCCGAGGAAGAGAAGGCUGCGGUCGCGGCAGAGGAAGCGGAGCGCCAGAGGACGCGCCGUGGCCUCAGGGAGCGCGUCCAGGAGGAGCUGGAGGGGCUCGCCGGCUCGGAGUGGGCGGAGGGCUUGUUGGAGACGGUCAAGAAGAACAAGGAGGUGAUCGCCGCGGCCGUCGCCGCCUUCUCCCUCGGCCUCUUCGCCAGCAGGCUCUUCUCCAGGAACUAACUCAUCACGGAGACUCAUGUACCUAGCAUCUCACGCAUGUAUAUUUCCCGUGGAUACAUACGCAUACAAAACUGAUAUUUAAACUUCUGCAGCCGAUUGACAGAAGCAGAAGCAAAAUUGAAUGUACAGCAUUCAUUCAUGUAUUACAUCAAGCUCCAAGUUCCAAAAUA